AUGAGGCUGAUAGUACCACUCCGCGGAGUAGUUCAAGGCCGCGGAGGUCUUUUCGUCGGCUCCCUAAUUCCUUGUUGUCUCUUCUACUUUCUCCAGCUUUACCUGAAACGACGUUCUCCUCCGGACCCUCCUCCUUCCGAUUCCCACCUGGGGGAGUUACCGAGGACAUCGUCGCUGUCUAACCUCUUCUCCCGCGGGAGCUCGAUGGGACGCGUUCGAAUCUCCGCUCGAGCGGUUCCUGUGGCGAAGCCUACCGAUUCGACUUAUUACAUUGGGUUGGAGAGAGUCAAGACGGAUCCCUACGAUCGGAUAAGUAACAAGGAAGGGAUUAUCCAGCUUGGUUUGGCUGAGAGUACGCUAUGCUUUGACUUGCUCCAGAGAUGGAUGUCUGAGAAUUUGAUGGAGUCGAUGAUGAUGCAGUCUGAUGGUAAUGGUGAAUUCGAUAUCAGUAGUAUCGCCAUGUAUCAACCUUUUGAAGGAUUGCUGGAACUGAGAGUGGCUUUUGCUGGUUUCAUGUCACGAAUAAUGGGAGGGAAUGUGACAUUUGACCCUGCAAACAUGGUUAUAACAGCCGGUGGGACUCCUGCUAUCGAAGUAUUAGCCUUCUGCUUGGCAGAUCAUGGAAAUGCUCUUCUGAUUCCGUCGCCGUAUUAUCCAGGCUUUGACAGAGAUAUUAAGUUCAGGACAGGAGUGGAGCUUAUACCAGUGCACUGCCGCAGCUCUGAUAACUUCACUGUGACGGUUUCUGCGUUGGAGCAAGCUUUGAAUCAAGCUAGGAAACGAGGGUUCAAGGUCUCUGGGAUCCUCUUUUCGAACCCGUCGAAUCCUGUUGGAAACAUAGUGUCAAGAGAGACGCUUAAUGAUAUUCUGAGGUUUGCUCAGGAGAAGAACUUACACGUCAUCUCUGACGAAAUAUUCGCCGGCUCUGUAUACGGAGACAAAGCGUUUGUCAGCAUGGCGGAGGUCGCUAGCUCCGGGGAGUUCGAUAAGAGUAGGGUUCAUGUAAUCUACGGCUUGUCGAAAGACCUUUCGAUUCCAGGUUUUAGAGCUGGAGUCAUCUAUUCUUUUCACGAGGACGUGGUGAACGCAGCGAAGAAGCUGAUGAGAUUCUCGUCUGUGCCGGUUCCGGUGCAGAGGAUACUUAUCUCUCUGCUAUCGGAUGCAAGAUUCAUCGAGGAGUACAUGGCGGCGCACAGGGGAAGGAUCAGAGAUAAGCAUGCUCGGUUCGUGGAAGGUUUGAGAGGACUAGGGAUUCCGUGUGCUGAGAGUUGCGGCGGGUUGUAUUGUUGGGUUGAUAUGAGGAGUUUGUUGACGUGUUACAGCGAGAAAGGAGAAGUGGACUUGUUUGAGAAGCUACUGAGUGUUGCGAAGAUCAAUGCGACUCCAGGAACGGCUUGUUAUUGUAUUGAACCGGGUUGGUUCAGGUGUUGUUUUACGGCUUUAGCCGAUGAAGAUAUUCCUGUGGUCAUGGAACGGAUCAGACGCCUUGCUGAAUCAUCGAGGUGA